AUGCAUGAAAGUCAGCUUCUGGCUUGGCUCGCAGUGCUGCUGUGGUCGCAGGUGCACUCCCAGCCACAGGGUGCGCAUCCGUCCACGUUCACACUGGAUGGCUUGGUGCUUUCUGGGACAGAUGACCAGCAGAAUGACCAGCCCAUCUACAAGCUCUUCGAGCGAGGAUUCUUUUCCGCUGUGCAAUCUGCAGAUUGCCAGCAUGCUGAUGACGGGGGCCUCCAGUGCCGUGAAAUUAGAGGAGGCUUCGAUCCUGGGAGAUGGGAUCAGCUGAUAGAGCAAAUGUGGAAGCUCGUAGGGCACGGGUACAAGCACCCCUCGAUGGCCCAUGCGCUGGCCAUGUCCUUGUACUCGUGGUUCUGGUGGGAGGGGCCUGGUAGUGACCGAGUGAACAUUGUGACGGGCCGUCUGGCCUGUGACUUCUUUGCAACAUCGCUGAGCUUCAACAGCUGCGUGGAUCCCAAUCUUCCACUGCAGGAUUUCUAUCAGCGAAAUUGCCACAUGCGAUGGCGGUACUUGCUAAUGAUUGCAAGCGAGCUUGGCAGGUAUCUCGCGGUCGUCCAGCUGGAUGUUCGUGCAGCCACCGAAGUAUUGCAGUCUGCUCAAAGAUACUUCCAAGUCAUGCGGCAGUUACCUGCCUUUGGCCCGCAUGCAGGAAAGCUGACCUCGCCUCACGACAUCAGUCUGAAUGCCGACUACUUCCCUGCGUCCGUGGUCAAUCAGGGCCCUAUCUGGAAGAAUGCCAGAGAGCAGGUCCCGAUUGUCUCCUUCCUGGAGGAAAACUUUCCGACCAUCCAAGCCGAACUGUUGACAAUCCUCGGUGAGGAGCACCGCUUCAGCUUGAUGAAUCAGGCCACUCGGAAUGCCGAGCCUCAGUUUGGGCCUCGCGAUGACGACUGGCUCACUGCUUACCUGGUGCGCGGUGCUGAGUUCAACGAGAUGGUGUGCGCUCAUGCGCCUCGGACUUGUGCCUUGCUUCGCACUCGGCCAGAGCUCGCCGAAUGCCACUCAGGUCUCUCCGGAUCGGGCUUCUUGCGGAUGCGACCAGGAGGCCGGUUAAAGCCGCACUUUGGUGGUGCGCCGAGGCUGAGUGCUCACUUGGCCCUGCUCGUCCCGGAUGGCGAGGUGUAUAUGUCUGUGGGGUCCGAGACGACUCGGUGGGUGGAAGGCCAGGUGAUCACUUUCGACGACACCUUCAUUCAUAGUGUGACUCACAACGGAGACCAGCCGCGUUAUGUGCUGAAUGUAUGGAUGUGCCACCCCUGCGACCCCACCGAAGGACAUGGUGGAGCAGGCCGCACAAUCCCAGCCUAUUGCGACGGGCCCGAGCACGGGGUUCUCCCUCCUGAUAUGGCAAGAUGA